UGCUGCCCACUCCGUCAAGCAGUUGAGAAGGAGGCGUCGGGGCAACACGGGGACCAGCUGGUUUCUACUAAAUUUAUUUAUUUCACAACGUAACGACGGACUAUUCCAACAUGGUGGUGGUAGCGGCGGGGACCGGCGGAGCCCACAAAGUGCUCCUCAUAUCCGGGAAGCAGAACGGCUCCUCCGGCGGCUCACAGAUGGCGGCCUUCAGCCGGCCGAUCUCGGUCGUUUUACCGGCCAGCCAGGUGUCGUCGGACUCGGACUCCAACACGUCCGUUGGGCCGCCGCUGCGGAAGAGGCAGCGACUCACACAUUUAAGCCCGGAGGAGAAGGCCCUUCGCAGGAAACUGAAGAACAGAGUGGCAGCUCAAACAGCCAGAGACAGAAAAAAGGCCAAAAUGGGAGAACUGGAACAGCAAGUCAUAGAGUUGGAGCUGGAGAAUCAGAAACUUCACAUCGAGAACAGACUGCUUCGAGAGAAGACGAGUGGUCUACAGACAGAAAACGAGGAGAUGAGACAGAGACUUGGGUUGGACACCCUUGACUUAAAAACAAAGAUUCAGGCUCUGUUGUCCAACGGGAACGACGCAGGUUUAGGGAUCGGGUCUUCUGAGUGCAGUACUCAGGCUACGUGUGCCUCCGCAGCAGGUGCAGGCCCAGCACUCCCUAAAUCUGAAAACUUCACAAUGGCUACAGAUUGUCCUGACUCUACAGACAAUGAGUCUGAUUUGCUACUGGGCAUUCUGGACAUCUUUAACCCAGAGCUGUUCCUCAAGUCUUGUGAACAGGUGUGCAAGGAGCCGCAGGUGCUGCUGGUUGGAGGGGGGAACCCAGUACCUGCCGCCCCACCUGCGCCUGUGGGGUCCCCAUCAGUUAAGCUGGAGACCCUUAAUGAACUGAUCCACUUCGACCACAUCUACACCAAGCCCGUAGAGGAAGUGAGCGACAUGGAGAGCGACACGGACGAGAAGAUCGAGGAGGCUUCCUUCACUGAAGUCAACGAGGUGGUUGUCGGGGAGGAGCCGGUCUGCGUCAAAGACGAGCCAGAGGAAGUGGUCAUCCCCACCUGUAACGACCACAGUCAGGUGGAUGACUUCUUCUCUGGCGCCUCCUCCCCCGCCUUCAGCCACCUGGAGAAGGAAACCCUCUUGACGGACACCUACAGCGACUCUGGAUAUGAAAGGUCUCCUUCCCCUUUCAGCGACAUGUGCUCCGAGAGCUCCUGGGAAGACAUGUUUGCUACUGAACUGUUUCCCCAACUUAUCAGCGUCUGAAUUCAGCGGCUCCGCCCAAGGAGUUUAAAAUAUAUACUGUAAAUACACAUAAAAGCCAAUGUGUAAAUACAUAAAAGUUUUAGUUGUAAAGAACCCUUACAAACUGGUUUCUGUAUAAUAAAAAUCUCAUUACAGCAGGUCUGUACCUCUGUCAGUGCUGCAUUGACACGUGGUAGAUGGAGCUUGACUUCUACUGGCACAAGUUUAAACAGAAUUUAAGACUGCCAAUAAAUCUUUUCACUCACUGUUAAUAAAAUGUGGGUGAGUCCAGUAUUUAACGUUUUUUUUUUAUUUUUUAAAGGGGAUUGGGGACCCGUCCAUGAUUUAUUACACUAUUUAUUUGUGUAGUUUGCUUCAGAGUUGUGUCCGCCUGUAAAAACGAUUCUUCUAAUUUUUGCUUGCUCUUCUUGUACUCUAAUGACGGCAAUUAAAAUAUUUUUUGCAUUGCA